AUGAAUAAACUACUUCUCGCUCUAUCGGCUGUGGCCGCAGCUGGAGCCAUCGAAAUCGAUACCCACAGUAAGGAAUCCAUCUGUAACGCCACGUCGUUGAUUCAGGACGGGCUGCUGGAUUACUACGAGGGCAAUCGUUACGGUGGUACCGUCGGUAUUUUCCAGCCACCUUACUACUGGUGGCAAUCCGGUGAAGCGUUCGGCUCACUGCUAAACAAUUGGUAUCUGUGUCAAAACGAUACUUACGAAAAAUUGAUCUACGACGCUAUCUUGGCCCAAGCUGGUCCUAAUUAUGAUUUCGUCCCCAAGAAUCAAACCAUGGUCGAAGGUAACGAUGAUCAGGGUGUCUUCGAUAUGACUAUCUUGGAUGCCAUGGAAAGAAACUUCACUGCCCCUCCAAAGGGUUCUCCAUCUUGGUUGGACAUGAACCAACGUGUUUUCAAUUCCAUGUACGACAGAUGGGACACCACUUCUUGUAACGGUGGUAUCAGAUGGCAAAUCUACUCUUGGAACAACGGGUACGACUACAAGAAUGCAGUUUCUACUGGUUCCUUGUUCCACAUCGCCGCUAGAUUGGCCCGUUACACCGGUAAUGCCUCUUAUUUCCAGGUCGCAGACACCAUCUUCGAUUGGUUGACCUCGGUCAACUACGUCAUGUUCGACGACAAGUACGGUUACGUCAUGGACGGUGCCUCCAUUGAACAGAACUGUACCGAUAUCACCCGAAUCGAAUGGACUUACAACUUUGGUAUCAUCAUGGACGGUUGUGCUUAUUUGUAUAAUGCCACCAACGGUUCCGCCAAAUGGGAACAAUGUACCACCAAAUUGUUAGCCGGUGCCAAGGACGAUUUCUUCGACAAGAAUGAUAUCAUGUACGAAGCUGCUUGUCAAACAAACAACAAAUGUAACAACGACCAACGUUCUUUCAAAGCUUUGCUUGCCAGAUUCUUGGGUACCACCAGUGUCCUUGCCCCCUACACCGAAUCCACCAUCAAGCCAAUGAUCAACGCUUCUGCCAUCGGUGCUGCCAAAUCAUGUAACGGUGGUUACGACGGCCACACUUGUGGUUUAAGCUGGCAAAAGGGUACCAACGACGGUUACUACGGUAUGGGUGAACAGAUGUCUGCUUUGGAAAUCAUCCAAAACUUGUUGAUCAACGAUUACCCACCACCAUUAGUCGCUCCAAACGGUGGUUGUUUCAACGAAACCGUCAACGACACUCAAACCCGUUUGAGACCUCCAAGAGGCUUGAACGUCACUUCAAGAACCACUUUGAACGGUACCGUCAUCCCACAAGGUACUUUCAUCUACAUCAACGACACAAACAUCACUGGUGGUGUUUCUGUUGUUUUGAAUUCAAACACCACUGCCGGUUCUUACUUGUACUUGAACAGCACCAAUUUGACCGCAGGUACCUACAUGUUCUACGAACCAUCCACCCAAGUCGACAUCGUCGGAGGCUCCAUCUUCAACUGUUCAAGCAACAACUUGACCCACUCCUUCGAUUUAUUCUGUAAAUUGACAAACUCUUCCGACGGAUCCUUUGUCUUUUACAACAAUACAAACUUGGUUAACGAUCUAAGAAACUUCUACAACACUACAAACAUCACCAUCGGUACCACCAUCUUAAAGGGUAACACCGACGCAAACUUGACCUCUUCCAUCAUCUCUCAAAACAGAAAGAAAAUCCAAACUAAAUCAUAA